AGGAUAUGAUCUCUGAAUUGUUACGUGUUUCCUCUUCAAGUGUAUUAUAUUUAUACCUUUAUUCUUACAGAUGGUUCAGCGACUGACUUUCCGUCGUAGACUGUCUUACAACACAAAAAGUAACAGCAGGAGGGUAUCAAAGACUCCUGGUGGUAAAUUGGUUUACCUUUACACAAAGAAACCUGGUAGUGUGCCCAAAUGUGGAGAUUGUAAAGUUAAACUACAUGGGAUUACACCUGCCAGGCCCCUGAAGCUGAUGUCCAUGUCUCGACGACUGAAGACGGUGACACGCUGCUAUGGAGGUACUCGCUGCCACAGAUGUGUCCGCGAGAGGAUAGUCCGGGCCUUCCUUAUCGAAGAACAGAAGAUUGUGGUCCGUGUAUUGAAGGCACAAGAAGCCUCCAAAAAAUAAACUAUCAACACAACAAAA